AUGCAUCAAGAUCAAGAUCAACAACAAGGACAGAAUCAUGCAGCAACUACAACCAACAUAAAACAACUCACCAUGUAUCAAAGAAGAGAGAUUGUUGAUGCAAUGUUGGUGAAGAUGCAAGAUGGAACUUUGCCAAGAGGAUACAAAAUGCAACUUUCCACACAAUUCAGAGUGCAUAAAUCAACAAUCACAAGAAUAUUCACAGACAUAAAACAACAGAUGGAAGAAGGGAAUAUGAUUGAUGUCAGGACAAAAAAGUAUGGCAAAACUGGUCCAAAGCCAAGGGAAUUCACAGAUGAAUUCUUGCAAUUAGUUCCUCUGUAUUUAAGGCGGUCAGAGAGGUCAUAUGCAGCAGCACUCAACAUUUCACAUGUGACUUUGCACUACUUGAAGAAAAAGGGGAGUUUGAGAACACACACAACAAGUUGCAAACCAGCACUCACAUCAGAUCACAAGAUAGCUAGAAUGAAGUGGGUUUUAAGUCAUAUAAACCCUGUGGAAGGAAAUCAGGAUCCCAGUUUUGAAGACAUGAGUUAUUCCAUUCACAUAGAUGAGAAAUGGUUCUACUUGAACCCUGACAAAAGAAGGUUUUACCUCCUACCAAGUGAAGAGGACCCAUACAUGGCACAACAGUCAAGAAGAUUCAAGUUAAAGGCAAUGUUCAUGGCCAUUAUUGGUAAGCCAUUGUAUGACAUAAAUGGUGAACUACUACAUGAUGGAAAGUAUGGGAUAUUCCCAUUCACAGUCCAAGACAGAGCAAAGAAAUCAAGCAAGAACAGGGCAGCAGGUACAAUGGUCAUAAGGGCCCUCAGAAUGUAA